GAGCGGCGCGUCCUACGGAGCCAUCCAUCCAGCUCCUCGCUCGCGCGGCAGUGCACAUCACCACGGCCAGGGACGACCUGCGUCCAUCAACUGCACAAAAUGAAACAGACCACGGUGCUGAUGGUGCUGGCCGCCUUGGCCGCCGCCCACGCGCAAACCUUCUUCCAACCCAGCUUCCAGCCUGUGCAGUACUCGGGCCUUGUGCCGCCGCCGCUGCCCAUUUCCCGCGCCAUCGGAGGCUUCCCCGUGGCGCCCCAGCAACAAGUCCGACCCGCCCAUCGCGCCGUCGUCGAGAACGCCGAACAGGAGUCGUUCCUGCCCGAGCAGUUCAAGAACCCCUUCUACAAGAACCCCAGGAUCGCCCAGGCCCUGGCCAAGGAGAGCUGGAAGUUGAACGGAGAGGAGCAGGUGUUCCAGCGGGAGGCUGAGAAGAUCCCCCGCCAGAAGGUCUACUCGAUCCUCAAGCAGGCCGGCUUCAUCUAAACAAAACACGACUGCCAUCCGUUCUACGACUAACUGUUCAUCUCGUGGGUGGUGUUUAGCCCCGCAGUGCCAAAAAUGUGUGACAGGAGCACCCACGACGCACUGAUUUUUUAAUUCCAAGCAGAGUUUUAAAAUUUUAAUUAUGAUUUUUUUUAUUUAAACUUUACUGAACUGGAUUUUUUUAAAUAUCUCUCUGCUGCAUGUUUUUACAUUUGUCGAAUCCAAAAAUCACAAUUGACGACUAAUUGUAAGAAGCUGCAUCAAAAUAUUGAUUAAUUUUUAUUCACGAACGUUGAUAAUUUUAUACAAUUAUUUAUUUCUCCGCUGUUUGCACUCGCAUCGGGGCCAGUGAUACUUUUUUCGUCUGAAAUUUUUAUUCGAGGCCUUUAUACGUUUCAACGCUAACAACGUACGGUUCUUUUAUUUUUAUCACUGAGAAUAAAAAAAAAUAAUAAUAAUAAUAAACAUGAAACAUGCAAACCCACUUCUUCCUUCUAGCAAUGUAAAUACAUCGUUCUUUUUAAGCAAAUGAGAAUGUGUGCCCUGAGCGCGUGUAUAUAAAUAAAUGUAAAUAAACUUCGUUUUUAGAGGAAA